AUGGUUAAGAAACAAUUGACUAGGAUACCAAAUGGGAACCUCAAAGAUUGGAAAACACUGUACAAAGAUAUACUAGAUUUUUUUCAAAUACAAUAUAAUCCAGUAUCAGAAUGUACACCAGUAGAGUUCAUAAAAAGUGACUUGGUCAUUGAUCUCAGUAAAGUUUUUCCAAAUCUGGAAAACCGGGAAUACAUCAAAACCGAUAUUGUUCGUAUAUAUGGAGACGUGGUUCAACUUUCUGAAAAUCUAGAAAUCCGAGAUUUGGAUGAAUGUAAUAUUUUAUUUAUAGUUGCAAGACGAAUCGAAGUUAAUCCAGGAUGCCGAAUCGUUAUUAAUCAUGAAAAAAAAGACACUUUCCGAUUAGUGGUAUAUGCUAAGGAAAUUCCAUUUGAUCUUAAUGUAGAAAUAACAUCCAUAUAUAACAAUAAGGUCAUUAUCAACAAAUUUUCCUCUAACCAUGAAUAUAAGCACAUUGGUGGAACACUUUUAGUACAAUCUGGAAAUCUUAAAGAUAUAAAGCAUUUUGAAAAAUUCGACAAUAAAAUUUUUCUAAGAAAGCAAUUUAGUAAGAUACUGCAAUUUUCUCUGCAAAUUGCUUGUGCUUUAUUUUAUGAUGAGCCGACAAUUACACAAUCAAUCCUUAAUUGGAUUAUUGAAAUAACGGCACAAUCACAAUUAGAUGAGAUAAAGGAAUUAUAUCAUCAUGGAUUGGCAAUUUCUGAAUUAUUUCAUAUUUUUAAAAAGAGGAUGGAAACCAAACGUCAAAUACGCUUCGUCCCCCUACUAGAUAAGCGUAUGUAUUUGCAAAGUAUCAAAGGUUUCAUAGAUGCUGCAAAAUCUUAUGAAGAUAAAUACAUGGAACUUCUAAAAAACAUAAAAACUAAUGAAAUGAAAAAAUGUAAAUUAGAAUUGUUAUUAAAAGACUGCGAAAAGACGACAGAAAUGUUUCAGGAUUUUAAAAGUGAAGAUAACAAACUUUAUGAAUCAACAUUUGAAGUCAUGAAAAAGGUAGAAAGCAGUCUUAGGGAAAGAAAAAAUGAAGUUGAUAAUGCGCGAACUGCCUUCGAAAAAGGAUUUGAUAAAUGGGGAAAAAAAAUAGUGCGUGAUGCGAAAACACAAAUUAUUAUUGAUAUUGUCCAAAUAUUAUUAAAUAUUGGUAUGCUUGUUAGUCAACCUAGCUGCAUAAACAGUAUUGUCGAAAUCAUAAAAAGUGUAUCAAAUUCAAUUCAUGUUAUUUUUAAUACCGCCAAUGAUGAUGUACAAAAAAUCAAUGAAAUAUUUAACCGUGAUGAUAUAGUGAGGAUCAAGGAUAUAAAUAAGAAAGUUAAAGAUAUUAUUGGAGCUAAAGAUGAUCUAAAAAGCAAUAGAGAUGUAGUUAACGACUAUAGAGCUAAUACUAUGAAUGAAAGCAGAAAAAUAGAAUCAAUGGAAACCAAUGAACUUGCAAAAAU